CUCAGAUGGGUUUGCAGACAGUGCAGUAAGAGACCGAAGAGAGCUGGAGAACCAAGAGGAACUCUGAUUGCUUCAGAAAAAUCAGCAAACUACUCCACAAAGAACUCCACAAAGAUCUCCGCAAAGAUCUCCAGACUUUUUUCCAUCAUCUCACUAACUUUCAAAAGAAAGGUGCAAUGGCGACACCCAAAAACACUCCACGAGGUGCAAACACACCAAUGUCUCCCAACCGGAUCACCCGUCUCCAGGAGAAGGAGGACCUCUGCAACCUCAAUGAUCGUCUGGCUGUCUACAUCGACAAGGUCCGCUCUCUGGAGGCUGAGAACGCUGGGCUGCGUCUACGCAUCACCGAGUCCGAGACAGAGGUCAGCCGGGAACUGACGGGUCUGAAGGCCGCCUAUGAGACGGAGCUGGCUGACGCCCGGCAGACUCUGGACUCCGUGGCCAAAGAGCGAGCACGGCUGCAGCUGGAGCUGGGCAAGCUGCGAGAGGACUACAAGGAGCUGAAAGCCAGGAACACCAAAAAGGAGUCAGAAUUGGGAGGUGCCUUGCAGAGGCUCAAAGACCUGGAGGCUCUGCUUAAUUCGAAGGAUGCAUCCCUGACUACGGCUCUGGGAGAGAAGCGUAACCUCGAGGUGGAAAACAGGGACCUGAAGGCGCAGGUUGCCAAGUUGGAGACCAGCUUGGCUGAUGCCAAGAAGCAGCUGCAGGAUGAGAUGCUGAGGAGGGUGGAUGGAGAGAAUCGCAUCCAGACUCUCAAAGAGGAGCUGGACUUUCAGAAGAACCUCCACUCUGAGGAACUGCGGGAGAUAAAGAGGCGCCAUGAGUCCCGCAUGGUUGAGCUGGAUAACGGCCACCAGCAGGAGUUUGAGAGCAAACUGGCUGAGGCGCUGGCAGAGAUGCGCAACCAGCAUGAACUGCAGAUUAAAAUGUACAAGGAUGAGAUUGAGAAGACCUACAAUGCCAAGCUGGAGAGUGCCCGUCAGUCGGCAGACAGGAGCAGCCACCUGGUUGGAGCUGCGCAUGAGGAGCUCCAGCAGAUCCGAGUACGCCUGGAGUCCACGUCGUCUCAGCUCAGCCAGCUACAGAAACAGCUGGCAGCUCGUGAGGCAAAGAUCAGGGACCUCGAGGAUGCUCUGUCUCGGGAGCGGGACACCACGCGUCGCCUGCUGGGAGAGAAGGAUCGGGAAAUGGCAGAGAUGAGGCAGCAGAUGCAGCAGCAGCUCGAUGAGUAUCAGGAACUCCUCGAUGUUAAGCUGGCCCUGGAUAUGGAGAUAUGUGCCUACAGGAAGCUGCUGGAGGGAGAAGAGCAAAGACUGCGUCUAUCCCCGAGUCCUCCUCCUACCAGGGUGGCAGGAAGUCGUUCCUCUACUUCAGGAGCUCUCUCUCGAUCAGUCCACUGCAGCGCUCAGAACUCCCCCGCUAAGAGACGCCGCCCCAAUGACACCGACAGCGAGGCCUCCAGCUUUGCAGGUGGAGCCGUUUCCCGCACUCGCAUCACCCAGCAAGCCUCGGCCAGCGGACGCGUCACUGUGGACGAGGUGGAUCUGGAUGGGAAAUAUGUGAGACUCAGCAACAAAGCAGAUGAGGAUCAGAAUUUGGGGAACUGGCAGGUGAAGCGGCAGCUGGGAUCUGGCACUCCCAUCAUCUUCAAGUUCCCAGCUAAAUUCACCUUGAAGGCCGGUCAGAGGGUCACGAUCUGGGCCUCUAAUUCUGGUGGAACCCAUAAUCCUCCUUCGGACCUGGUGUGGAAGACUCAGCCCUCCUGGGGGACUGGAGAUCUCUUCCAGACCACUUUGGUCAGCGCUAGUGGAGAGGAAAUGGCAAUGAGGAAGGUCACCCGCACACAGUUUGAAGAAGAAGAUGAUGACAUGGUGGCACACAGCACCUGUGGGGACAGCGAGUACAACCUGCGGAGCCGGACAGUCGUGUGCGGCUCUUGCGGACUUCCUUCAGACAAAUCCAGCAACUGCUCCGUGUCCUCUGCUUCCCGCUCCUACCGCAGCGGAGGCCUCUCCGAGGGUUUACUGCCGCAGUCCUACGUGUUCAGCACGAGCACACCUCGCAAGACUGGAGCCAGACUGGAGAGCUGUCCAAUCAUGUGAAGCCCUGGGUUCACAACACUACGUUUUUAUAGCUUCUUAGUUACCAGUUGUUGAGUCAGCUGAUGUAGUUUUUAGCUCAGUUCAUGUACUUUGAAUUACGUUUCAAGUUACCGAAUGCAGGAAUAUUUUAUACCUCUUUUUAUAAUGCACAUUUGCAUGAUGAAGAAUCAUUUUUCUUGAAUUUAAACGUUGAUUCGGGGAUACUUUCUUUAUGUUAGUAACAUUUAAGAUUGGAAAAUGUAAACCAGUUACUUUAAUAUUCGCUCAUUUUAAAAACAGUGCUUUCAAAAUCAAAUUAAUUUCAUUAUGCUCUACAGACACUCUGACACAGCAGGGUUGUGAUCACAGUUUUACCUAAAUUAUUUUUCAUCAAAUCUGCUUCCACACUGAAGGUAAAUUGAAUCCAACCUUGUUUCAG